CACCGCACUCAGCUAUGCCUCCAGCAGCUCCUGCGUCGUCCGGCAAGGCCCUCAACGCCAUCCUGCCCCUCAUCGAGGCCGGGCAGCCUUACGAAGCCCACCAGAAAGCCAGGACUUUUGCAUCCAGAUACCAGAAGUCGGGGCAGUACGACACCGCCAUCGAUGUGCUCUUCCAGUCCGCGCGCGAGCUUCUCAAGGCGGGUCAGCAGGGGAGCGGGACCGAUCUUACACUCUUCCUCCUCGAAGUGUACGAUACAAAGGGCGAUGAAGUGAGCGACGAGACCAGAGGUCGGCUCACACAGCUUAUCGCCUUGACGGGAUCCUCCGGCUCAUGGCGCAAGACUAUCAUUGACAGAUCCACUGCAUGGUCGGCAAAGCACGGUCCCUGUCCUUCCGGUGAUCCAAGCCUCCAGCAUUACAUUGGAGAACUCCUCUACAAGGAAAACGCAUUCGAGGCUGCGGAAGGCCACCUUCUCGCAGCCGGCAAGCGAGACAGUGCCCGAGUGCUCGCCGACAUGUAUGUCCAGUGGGCCUCGACGGGUGGUGUGCCGGGGGCAUUUGCGCUUCGAGGAACUAUACCAUACCUGCUGAACGGGAACAUACUGGCCGCGCGCACCUUCUUGUCGCGGCUCGUCUCGCAGUUCGCGUCUUCUCGUCCUGAUUUCGUCUCGCCGUACCAGCCGUCGACCAUUCCCGUCGGAAACCCCGUGAACGGACACCGGGACGAGGUGGUGUUGACAAAAGACUCGCUCGUGAACUUUACCCAGCUAGCCGUACGCACGUGUCAGCGCGCCCAGGGCGACAAGAACAAGGCUGUGCGCGAGGCAUGGGUGCGCUUGUGUGGGACGUAUCAAAGCAGAGGCGGCGUGCUGGCGGCUAAAGAAGUCCGGCAGAACCUCAGCGAGAUAUCGGAGCUGUUCUUUGCCAUCACCCCGCCUCGCGCGCAGCAGGCGAACCCGCUGAGCGACAUGCUCUCGGCCAUGCUGGGCGGUGGUGCCACUACGACGCAGGCUCCCAGGCGUGUGCUGACACCCGCUCCGGGGGCCAGCGGCCCUGGAGUGGACUAGUUGACAAGUCGACAAACGUACUAGUAUCUUAUCAGACAAGCACGCUGAACCGAGAUAUAUUUUUGUAUUUAUCAAUCGAGGAAUGGUCGGGCCUGUCGGGGUUGCUGGUAUUUUUCUAAUAGAAAGAUCCUUUCAAUCCUAAAAGUGUUGGUUCCGGGACGAAUAAACUCGAUGAGAGAUUGAGGUCGAG